GUGUAGAUAGUAAAAAUUAUUUUUGCCACAUGGGCUGGAUCUGAAAGAGAAUAAGGGAAGGAAGGCGGCAAAGUUUCAUAAUAUUCCAAAAGAAAGACGAGGACCCCUCAUGGCUGAGAUUGAGAAUUGUUCCUCUGAACCAACAACAAUCAACCAAUUUCAGAGUCAAAUUUCGAUGAACAAUGGAAUGCAAAGUUCAGACAUGUCUGAAACCUCCUCCAAUUCUUCACGGAAAAGAAAAGGUAAAGGUAAGAAGGUAUCAUUCAAGAGACGGAACCCUAGCGUGGUUGUUCGACGUCAUAGGGCUAAUAAUGUGGACACUAUUGGCCUUCCUCUUGGAAUGUCAUUUGCAGCAGUUAUGGCUCAGGUGUUGUAUAGAAAAGAUGUAGCUGCUGAGAGUACAUCUCCAAGUCAUCUUUCAAUGAUGUGUACAUCAGCUAUCAAGGAAUCUCUUGCCAGUGUUUUUGGAGAUAAGCUAGAUGGUUUGACAAGGAACUUUGAGCAAUCUUUUAGUAGCACAUUAACUACUCUGCAAUCAGUUUAUGAAUCAUCCAAGUGCAAUGAAGGAAAUAAAUUGAAUAAUAUGAAGAUGGAAAUUCUGAGUUCUAGAUUGACUCUUGACAAAGGAGAAUGCUCAGGUGAUACUUUUAGAGAGAGUGGUCCUUCAAGACCAUAUGAUACUGAAAUCCAUCCAUCAAUAAGUCGUGAUCUUGUUGAAGAGGUCAGGGAUAACUUUCAUACUGACUCAGUCAGUCGUGAUUAUCCUGAAGAUGACAGGGGAAGGGAUAACUUUCAUGAUUCUCCUGAAGAGGGCAGCAGAGAUAAAAUUCUUAUGGAUUCAGUUAGUCGGGAUCUCGCAUUGUAUGGACAAUCAAACCAAAUGGUUUCUUUUUCUCAAAUAUCUUUUGGAUCUGUAAAUAAUCCUAUGGUUAGUAUUUUUGAGAAGUCUGUCACAGAGCAGUGUCGUUCUAAUGACCUCAAGGCACUUGAAAUUGGCCUUAAAAUGGAAGAAUUGAACAUGAAAAAGGAUGAAUUGGCUCUCAACCGUGAUUUGAAUAGUCUAAGCAGAUCGAAAUUAGCCAUGGGAGAAUCAAAGGCAUCUUUCAAGGCUGAAAAGUUUAAGACCGAGUUAGAAGAUACCAGGCAUGGUGAACUCAAAAAGAAGUGCAUAGACUGUCUUAUCACUGGUUUGCUCAUUAUGUCAUCCUCACUAUUCUAUGGUGCUUAUGUCUAUUCCUAUGAACGGAUUGCUGAAGCUACUGAAUCAUGUACACCGUCAACCCAGGAAUCUUCCUACUGGUGGACUCCCAAGUCAGUGACCUCAUUCAAUUCAAAGUUUCAUAUUUUGUGGUGCCAGGUUCAAGUUAUGAGCCGAAUGGUGUUUGGUGUCUUGAUGAUUUUUGCAGUUGCAUAUUUGCUCUUGCAGCGAUCAACAACAUCAUCAUCACAGACUAUGCCUGUUACUUUCAUCCUUUUAAUGUUGGGAAUUGGUUGUGGCUAUUGUGGCAAGCUGUGUGUGGAGACACUAGGUGGUAGUGGUAAUGUGUGGCUCUUAUACUGGGAGAUCCUAUGCUUGCUUCAUUUCUUUUCCCUAUGCUGGACCCCUGCAUUGUUCCAAAUCCUUCAUGGACCAGUCACUGCAUGGCAAACAACGCAUAAAAAAACAAUUUUUCAGUAUUGGAUUCGCAGAGUUCUCUUCUAUACCAUCUUGCUAGUGUUUCUACCACUGUUCUGUGGUCUCAUGCCAUUUGCUACCCUAGGUCAAUGGAAAGACCAUUUUACAUUGAAGGGGUCAGAUUUUAACGGAUCGGAAUGGUAAAGCACUGUUUGGUCGUGGAUUUAAGACUGUUCAUGAGUUCUUACUGAGGGAGAUGUAAUUUUUUGGAGGUAUAAAUUUAUGUAGAAUGAUGUAAAUGUAUGACAGUUAAUUAUCAUUUUUUUGUAACAAUUAUUUUAAAGUUGUAAACAGAAUGUUACAUUUUAUAAUUUCAUGGUUGGAGUCAAAUUUCUUGGAAUUUAGAUUGGGAA